AUGCCCGCGCCUGCGGCCGCCCCCAGCACCACCUCGCCCGCAGCGGGGCUGCUCGUGCCCAAGGCGGAGGCGCCGGCCGCGGGCACCGCGGAGGAGCCGCGCUGCGCCGCGGAGCUGGGCCGUGCAGGUGAGCGGCACCGCAUGCGCUGCAUGCACGUGCAGCCGAGCGGGGCUGCACCGCUGCUCACGGCCCCCCCGCCCGCAGGCUCCCCCUGGCCCAUCCGCGUGGUGAAGGUGGAGGAGGAGGAGGACGAGGAAGGGUGGCCGUGCAGGCCCGCUGCCUUCGCCAGCGCCUGCAAGCCGGAGCACAAGGAGGAGGAGGAGGAUGCGGUGGCGCUGGGCUACCUUGCGCUGCCCAUGUUCAUCCCGCCGCCCGAGGGGCCCGACGGCGCGGGGCGCCGGGCGGCCGAGCGCCCCUUCGCCUGCGCCCGCUGCGGCAAGGCCUUCGGCAAGAAGGCGCACGUGGCGCGGCACGAGCGCACGCACACGGGCGAGCGGCCCUUCCCCUGCGCGCAGUGCGGCCGCCGCUUCCGCCAGCAGAUCCACCUGCGCGCGCACCAGCGCACGCACACGGGCGAGCGGCCCUUCCCCUGCGCCGACUGCGGCCGCCGCUUCCGCAAGAAGAGCCACGUGGAGCGGCACCGGCGCACGCACACGGGCGAGCGGCCCUUCGCCUGCGCCCGCUGCGCCCGCCGCUUCGCCCACAAGCAGCACCUGCUGCGGCACCAGCGGCUGCACGAUGAACCGGGAGCCCCCGGACCCCCGGGACCCGCGCUGCCGGGAGCGCCCACCAAGCCCUUCCCCUGCCCCGAGUGCGGCAAGAGCUUCAGCUGGAAGAAGAACCUGGCGUCACACCGGCGGCGUCACCGCGCCGGGCGCCCCUUCGCCUGCGAGCUCUGCGCCCGCCGCUUCGGCCGCAAGGCGCACCUGGCGCGGCACCAGGCGGUGCACACGGGCGCGCGCCCGCACGCCUGCGCCCGCUGCGCCCUCCGCUUCAGCUCCAAGACCAACCUGGCGCGCCACCAGGCCGUGCACACCGGCCACCGGCCCCACGGCUGCGCCCGCUGCGGGCGCCGCUUCAGCAGGAGGAGCCACCUCGUGCGCCACGAGCGCACCCACGACGGCACCGCGGGCACCGCAACGGGAACCCCGGUGGGCUGGGCGCCCCGCGACGCCCUGGCGCCCGCGGCCGCCUGCAGCUGA